CAGUCGCUCUAGCCGUUUGACAUAAUGCACGCGGACUCAAUUUAUUCGUUUGCCAGACCAUUUGGAUUAUGUGUUGUUUUUUUGUGGUGAAAAUACAAAACAUAAUAAUGUAUACAAGUCUUACUUAAAUAAGGAUCAUAGUUAGGGUGAUUUUUUAAAAACAACUUUUCUAAUUGCUUUAUUAGUUGUGCUUCCGAUAAUAAAAUGGUGUUUUGGGCUUAUUACUACGUACAGUUUAAUGGUCCAAUUCACUUUAUAGAACAAUAUACCAAUUUUUUUCCGUUCGUCUUCUAGCAAGCUAACAACAACAUUACUGAAGAUUUUCUACGAUAUUUUACAAAUGAAAUCCUGAUACAAAUCAACGAGGCGUCGAUUAUGAGUUUACAGACUACUUUGAGAGGAAGUGUUUUUAUUCGACGAUCUAUUUACGUGUUUCUCGUGUCAACAUCUGCUCUCCUCUUCACAUUGAAUCUUACCUACACCAAACCAGAAAUGACAACGUCAGAUACGACUUACAGGUAUUACUUUCAUCCUCCGUGGACUAAUUUUAGUUUUCCAGAGAUAAACGAGACACAGGUUUUACAAAACGAAGGUCAAAAUGUAGGGAGGGCUCAGACCGUUUACUUUCUGACACCACGUGACCCCAACGCCUCUGAAAGCACGUCCGACAUGUUGGCCUUUCAGCCUGUUCUCUCUUUCGAAGAUCGUCAGGCGGUGCUCUUGGUCUUCCAGAACUUUGUUCGCGCAUGCUCGCAGUACAAUGUGACGUUUUUCCUGUAUGGCGGAACUCUACUCGGCUCUCUACGCCAUCACGACAUCAUACCGUGGGAUGACGACAUCGACGUCAUGGUGAACACAUCCGACAGAGCCUUAUUACGUCAUGCGCUUUUGAGUGUUGGAAAAGAUUUCCACUUGAAAAGCCCUGAAAACCUUCGUUGGAAGUUUUUCUGGACGAAGCCGAAAACCUUACCUAAAAAUCAAUUCAGAUGGCCUUACGUAGAUAUCUUCUUUUACUCCGAAAACUCCAGCCAUAUUUGCGACCAAGAGUUCAGCGCAACUUUCUGCUUUUCCAAACGUCACGUCUUCCCCCUGUGUCUGCGCCCGUUAGCUGGCGCCUUGCUUCCGGCGCCUCAUGAAACAACGGUGGUGGUUGAUCAAAAUUACUCACCGAGCCUUUGCUCUUCCUUGAGGUAUUCCCACAAACUUGAACAUCUCACACCCACCAGGACUUGGAUUACCAUACCUUGCACGCGACUCUACGGAUUAUAUCCAUUCGUUCAUACUCAAACUAUCCAUGGGCGUUUACAUGAAAAUUUGAUGUUGAACAGCACACUUAUUGAAACCUUUAUUGUGCCUGAACGCUGCAGCUGACGUCUCCGAUUAUGUUGGUAUAGAUUUGAAGGUUAGAUCGAAAACUAUUCAUUGGAUGACAGUUCAUUGAUCGUAUUUUCAAUUUCAUUUUCAACAAUAGUUAAGGGCUUCAUUAACUGAAAAGACAAGGGUACGAUGACUUCUAGAAACAAAAUAUGCAAUUAUAUUUUCAGUAGAAAAUGUGUCCUUAUAACCUUGACCUUUAUUGAACUUGGCUUCCUGCUCUGCCUCUGCAUGUGGAUGUGUCGCUCAAGUUCACCUCUAGUCACUCAGACUUACAGGUACUCUCCCAAUCUUUUGGUCAAUCUGACGUUCGGGGAAGUCAAUCUUUUAAAAUUUCACGAUGGCUCUAACAAAUCAAUGUCCCGGCUAGGCAGUACAGGAUCAAUUUACUUGCUGCGUCUUGUGAACUACCGCUUGGACGCUGACCGACAGUACAUCGCCUUUCCUUUGGGUCUGACCGCAGAAGAAAGAGAAGUCACACUAGCUCUGCUGCAGACAUUUGCGCAGGUCUGCGCGGUUUUCAAAAUUCCUUUUUUCCUUUACGGCGGAAGUCUAGUCGGCUCCCUACGCCACCAUGACAUCAUUCCCUGGGACGAUGACAUCGAUGUCAUGCUCAACAGUGAAGAUAGGGAUGUUCUGCGCCACGCCAUGAGAUACUCACCUGAAAAUGUCCAGCUGCACAGUCCGGAGCAUGAGAGAUGGAAGUUGUACUGGACCAAAGGUAGACCCAUCAGAAACAAAGAAUACCGCUGGCCCUACAUCGACAUCUUCUUCUUUGCGGAGAACCAAAGUCAUAUCUAUGAUGAGCAGGACGUCUACAGAAAGGAGUUUAACUUCCCAAAAGCUCAUGUGUUUCCUUUGUGCCUCCGGCCAUUCGCUGGAAGGAUGCUCCCCGUGCCUUACAAUUCCUUGGCGGUUGCAGGACGCAACUACAACCUGUCCAUGUGCCAUUCUCUUGAAAUUUCACACAAACUGGAAGUGACGUUGUUCCAACGGUACAUUGUGCCUUGUUCACAACUGCGGAAUCUCUAUCCAUUUGUACACAGGAGUUUCUGGAACGGUUACCUGCACGAGAAACUAGUGUACCGAGGACGGAUCGUUCACACUGUUGUCAUACCUGAGAAUUGCUCCAGAUCACAAUAGUAAUGUUAAUAAUAUAAUGUUAUUGUAUAUAACAUAGCAUUAAUAGAGGCUAGUUGAUUCUUGAAGACAUAAGAUCACUUAAGUUUUAUUGAUAGAAUUAUAUUUUAGAUGGAGUUUUAUCAAACAUAUCAUUUGAAAUUGGUUGUGGAAGCAAAUCAAAGUAGAUCAGAAUUAGAUUCUUAUUUGUGAUCAGCAUUUCAUAUUUCAUGUAAUGUUUAAAUUUACAAUGAUGUAAUUAUAUUUAUUUAUAUAUAAUUUAGCGUGUUCUUGUUAAGUUGGUAAAUCUAAUAAUAUGAAUAGAACUUUUUAAAGGAUGCUUUUAAACAAAAAGUAGUUUUGCAUACAUGUAAAGAGCUGUAGAAAACGAAUUGCUCUAAUGACGUUCAUCUACAGCAAGUUUUUAAUAUUUUCACAACUUUGCCUCAAAUGUCUGUUUGGCUAACACAAUAUAUGUGUUUCUGUCACGUGACGUGCUCGUCUGAUCCUUAUACUUAGGGCAUUCUUUCUUUUUCUUCGAGGCGUGUCGCUUCAUCCCUUCAUCCAAGACGUUUAAGUCCCUCUGUCAAUUCCUAACAACUUUGAUGCCAAUGGUAAAGUCUUGAAUUUUUAAACAUAGGCAAAACAAUUUUUUUUAUUAAAUAUCCACCAGCUAUUCAAAAGAAUGAUUUAAAAAGGCUAAAAAAAAUCCCAAACACUUCUAGAAUACAGUAUAUAGUUCUGCUCCAGAAACUCUACGUUUUAUUAAUAUCACUCAUGAGUUCUGUAUAUAUUUUGUUAUUUCAAUAAACCUUAUCUUUUUGCGGACAACGUUUAAUCAGGGUAUCGUGUAGCCAGCACAACAACGAGAAGUAUUCACUUUUUAAAAAUUACUAUCAAAACGUUAGAACUGACUCAUGGAAGGCCUCAAAUCCUCAAUGUGACACAAUCUUUCUUGUUCAAACCUGAGUCCCUUUUCACUUGUCCACCAAGCUUUCAAUCGUCUUUAGAUUUAUCAAGAACAAGCGAAAUACAGACUUAUAUAAUGAAGUUAUUUUGAAAUAUCAAUUUUAUUAAACGAAAUCACGUCUAUAUUGACUAAAGAAACUAAUAAGAUUUUUUCUCUCGGUUUGUUUAAAGCGUGUCAAAUAAAUGGA